AUGCCAUGCCAGGCUGAGGAUGUGGACGCAUGCGGAUCCUUUUCAGGCAACACACUAGAGAUCUCCAAAGAGAUGCCAUGCCAGGCUGAGGAUGUGGACGCAUGCGGAUCCUUUUCAGGCAACACACUAGAGAUCUCCAAAGAGAUGCCAUGCCAGGCUGAGGAUGUGGACGCAUGCGGAUCCUUUUCAGGCAACACACUAGAGGACUGUGAUCAUGAUGUCAUCCCUGUCGAAAUGUCAAGUUUAGAAAAAUGUGUUACAUGUGGAGGACCUUUUUCUCCUCUGAAAUGGAGUGGUGUGAGAUGUAAAGUUUGCAAUCAGUCCUGGCACAAAAAGUGUUAUAUUAAACACAAUGUGGACGUCACUGAACUUCUGCAAGUGGUCUGUACAGAACAAAGUUCAAGUGAGGUGGCAUCAUCAGAAGAGGAGUAUGUUCCUGAUUCCAUAGAUGAUUCAAACAGCUCGUGGGAUGACAGAUCAGAGCCUUUAGAAAUCAGUCACAAACAAGUACAGAAUUGUGAGGUCUCCACCAGCAAGUCUGCUUCCAAAAAGAAAAGACACCACCAAGGAAGUUUUGUACAGGAAGACAGAGAGUCAAUUUCUAAAGAUGCAGAAUCAGUACCUGAAGAUAUGAUCAGCACAACUCAGCUUGAAGUAUCAAGAGUUACUGCCAAAGUAGGAAACGCUGAUGCCGAAGGCAUUAUGGUUGAUGAUGGUGCUGAUGCUACAGCGGAAAAUGUCUCAAAUACAUCAGCCUUGCUCAGAAAUAGAACUUACUGCUACAUUUGUGGAAAGAUACAGACAAAGUUUACACGUCACUUAAAAACUCAUGAGAAAACACAUGCAGAUGUUGCUCAAGUUUUAAGUCUUCCCAAGAGGUCCAAAAAACGUAUGAAAAUGCUUUUAAAGCUUCGCAACAAGGGAAACCACAGUCAUAACUCAGAGGUCUUGGUGAGUGGAGUUGGAUCACUAAAACUAAGACGCACAUCAAAGAAAAAGUACAAUGCAAAAGACUACAUUCACUGCAUCUACUGCCAGGCAUUAUAUCUCCGGCGAGAUCUGUGGCGACAUGUUCGACAAUGUUCUUCAAAACCAGUAGAAGCUACUUCAGAGACUGGAAGAAAUAAAGUUUUGUCUUUGGCCUCUAUGAAUGAGUCAUCACUGUGUCAGCAGAUAUCACCAGGUGUUUGGAACAUAUUAGCUGUUAUGAAAGAUGAUGAGACAACUUCUACUGUGCGAAGUGACUUCUCCAUUCUUCAGCUGGCCCAAUCAUUCUUCAACAAAUAUGGACAGGAUCCCACCAAACAUCAGUACAUUCGCCAGCAACUCAGAGAGACUGGAAGACUUCUGCUUACGCUUCGCAAGGAAUUCUCAAUACAUACUCUUGAGGAUGCUGUGAGACCUGCAAAUUUUGAUGUGGUCAUCAAAAGCGGUCAAGAAAGUAUCUGGGUAUGA